AUGCCGAUCACUAGUGAUAUCACCCUUGAGACCUCCAAGUUCCAACCAGAGAAUGUCACGGAGGCAACAAAGCAAGCCGCAGGUCUCCUGGAAAGCCUCACCAGCAAAGGGCCCCGAUGGUGGGAGGUAGGCAUCACAAAAUAUCGUGAAAUGCGUGAACUUGGUCAGACCCCACUGCCCAUGCCCGUCCACCUCCCGGGGGCUACUGAUAGCACUGUUCCUUCACGCGAGGCUGGUCGUGAGAUCCCUAUCCGUGUUUACAAGCCCGAUAAUGGCCAGCCUAGCAAAGGUGAUCUCCCGGCACUGGUUGCCGCCUCCUCGGUUGGAUCGUUGCCCCCGGCUCUCUUCCUUUGUGGGACUGAGGAUCCAUUGCUUGAUGAGACCAUCUUGACGAGUUCUAAAUGGAGCAUUGCCGGUGGGGAGGCAAUCGUCAAGAUCUACCCUGGUGCGACUCAUGGCUUCACUGCGUUUGCUGGUCUGCCAGUCGCUGAAGAGGCACGUGCGGUGAGCCUGGAGUUUAUGCAGGAGAAAUUGAGUAACUUGGUCUGA